AAGAGCGGAAUGGGAGGCGAGGAGACGCUGCAUCAAGGCAAGCGUCAAGGAAGUCGGUUGGGAGAACGACGGGCGUCCUCCGAGAGCAGUGGACGGCGCGAGCAGGCAAGUCAGGCGCCGAAGCAGCCGAAGCCGGAGGCGGCAGCUCAUUGGUGGCGGCAGCCGCAGCCGGCGCCAAGGGUCCCCAUCCCCGCCUCAAGGGGACCUCCAGGGGGCUGCUGCUCACAGUUCAGCGCCGGCGGCGACAUCGAAGGACCCCUCGCUCCCGACCUCGAAGGGAACCCGCGGCUGCCAGCCGGAGCGCCGACCUGUUACUGAGGCCACCGUGGAGGCUGGAGGGACUCGGGGCUCGGCGAGGGGCGGGAAGGGGAGGCUCCACGAGGGCGUCGUCGUAAUGCGCGCAGGAGGAGGAGGAGGAGGGCGAGCGGCGCAGGAAGAGCAGGGCGGCAGCAGCAGCAGCAGCAGGGCACCCCAGGCGGGAGGUCCGCAGCGCCGGGCAAGCAGCAGCAGUUGCGCUCUGAGGCUCUGACCGACUCGCCUGCCUGGGGGCACCAAUGGGGCCAAGCGGCGGGCGCUCGGAGAAGGAAGACGCGUCUGUGGCCCGGUGCGCCCUCUCGGCUGCGCUCCAUCCAGCAGCAGCGGGAGGAGGCGGCGGCGGCGGGGGGAUCCGCCGCUGCCGGCCAUGCUGCACUUGCUCUGGAGUAAGAACGAGACCCUGCUGUGGCAGCAGCAGCAGCAGGAGCAGCAGCCUGGUGGCGGGCCCCCGACGCUGCCGACGCGCGGGCUGCUGCCGCCUGCACAGGGCUCUGAGGCCAGGGCCGAGGCGGGCUCGGGGGGCCCUGGGCCCGGGCCCGGUGCCGAAGCUCCUUCAGUGGCGCAAGUGGUGGCGUCGGGCAGCCUCCUGUCGCUGCUGGUCGUGUGGACCCUCCUGGGGAACGUGCUGGUGUGCGUGGCCAUCAUGGGCUCCCGGCACCUGCGGGCGAAAGUCACCAAUAUCUUCAUCGUCUCCUUAGCCGUCUCGGAUCUGCUGGUGGCGCUGCUGGUCAUGCCCUGGAAGGCGGCGGCCGAGGUGGCGGGUUACUGGCCCUUCGGGGCGUUCUGUGACAUCUGGGUGGCCUUCGACAUCAUGUGCUCCACCGCCUCCAUCCUCAACCUGUGCGUCAUCAGCGUGGACAGGUACUGGGCCAUCUCCAGCCCCUUCAGGUACGAGAGGAAGAUGACCCAGAGGGUGGCUUUGGUGAUGAUCGGCGUGGCCUGGGCGCUCUCGGUCCUCAUCUCCUUCAUCCCCGUCCAACUCAACUGGCACAAGGGCGGGGAUCUCCACGCCGCCGCGUCUUUGGCCUCUGGCCCCAACUCAGGCACCGUCUCAUCUUGGACGGAAGGUUUUGGCAGCGCAUGGAGGACGCGGAGAGACGGAGGCAGUAACAGCAAUGCCACUGCGCGGGAAGAGGCCACCGAGCGCUGCGAUUCCAGCCUGAACCGGACCUAUGCCAUCUCCUCCUCCUUGAUCAGCUUUUACAUCCCUGUGGCCAUCAUGAUCGUCACCUACACGCGGAUCUAUCGGAUCGCACAGGUGCAGAUCCGUCGCAUCUCCUCCCUGGAGAGGGCUGCCGAGCACGCCCAGAACUGCCGCAGCAGCAAGCACUUGGACUGCUCCCUCCAUCACCACCACCACCACCACUCCGGCCUCAGAUCCUCCAUCCGCAAGGAAACCAAAGUCCUCAAGACCCUCUCCGUCAUCAUGGGGGUCUUUGUGUGCUGCUGGCUGCCUUUCUUCAUCCUGAACUGCAUGGUGCCCUUCUGCGAGAGCCCCCCCGACGACCCGGAGGCCGGCCUGCCCUGCGUCAGCGACACUACCUUCAACAUCUUUGUCUGGUUCGGCUGGGCCAACUCUUCCCUCAAUCCCAUCAUCUACGCCUUCAACGCCGACUUCCGAAAGGUCUUCUCCAACCUCUUGGGCUGCCGCCAGCAUUGCUCCAGCACGCCGGUGGAGACGGCCAACAUCAGCAACGAGCUCAUCUCGUACAACCAGGACACCCUCUUCCACAAGGAGAUCGCCACUGCCUAUGUCAACAUGAUCCCCAACGCGGUGGGCUGUAGAGAAGAGGACCCUUUCGACAGGAUGUCCCAGAUCUCGCCCGACCAGGAGAUCGCCACGGACCAUGAGAUCUGCGAGCUGGACUGCGAAGGGGACAUCUCGCUGGACAAAAUAACCCCCUUCACCCACAAUUAUCUGCUGUAAACUGCGACACUCAACCCACGACGACCCUUAGAUUUGGGGGGAACUGCAGUUGUGGUGGUGAUGGUGGCCGGGUGUGUGCGUGUUUAAACCCUACCCUGAAAGUUGAUGAACUAUUAGUGAACUCUCAGCGUAGAAAAUAUUUCAGUCCAAGCGGCCGUGUGGUAUGGUGAAACAGACCGGGUUAGCGCCAGUGCUUGCCAAAAGUGUACCAACUGAAAGGACAUGAAACGCCCCCCCCCCAAAAAAACACGUUUUCUCGGACAACUUGAUCGAUCGUGGACUUUGGAUUCUACUUCGGGACGGGGGCGGGCGGGCGGGCGCGGGGUGGACGGUGGCUCCGCUCUAGCCCGGAUUUUCCUCUGUGUUUCUGUUUCGGUCGAACACUCCUGCGAUGUUUUCUGGUAGCCAAGCCAACCUGAGUUAUACUGAUAGAAAGCUGGACUGUGGAUAUUAAACGCAAGCUAUUAUAUGGAUAAUAAUUGUCUGGCUGCUAAGCUAAGGACGGUCUGAGUCACAGUUUGAGAGAAGCUCUCCUGCCUCGGGAAUGAAUGUGCCUACACACGUCGAUUCCUUUUGGCGGGGCUUUUGCUGGUGGGAGAACUCCCCCCCGCCACUUAUAUUCUUUAGGAUGAAACCAAGACAUCACAGAUCUGGAGGAGAAGGUCUUCUACCCAUCCGGUCCCCCCCCCUCAGUGUAGAAAUACAGAGCUUGAGACCCCCGCCCAACAUAUAGCUACUCAGCUUCUGUUUGAAAAGCUCCAGCCAGAGAGAGAACCACCCUCUCCCAGAGGUGGCUGUUGAACGGCUCUUAUCUGCACUCCUAUUCAUACAUAUCUGGGGAGCAAGCCCUACUCAGGGCUGUCUUUAGGGCAUGGUAAGCAGGGUGACCGUCUCCACCCCCACUCUUUCAACCUCCAUUAGAAUUAACUGGAAGGGCCCUGCACUGGCUAAUUUGCCCUGGGCCCGGCACCCCACCUGGGCUCUCUAAGGACAGCCCUGGCCCUACUGAACACAGUAGGACUUUCUUCUGUGUGAACAUGCAAGGAUCAGGGCUGUAUACCAUGCCACUCUGAUGCUUAACCAGGCAAAGGUGUUUGUCUCCUCACAGGUCCUGCUACAGUACCUCUGUGGCAGAAAUGCUUUCCUGUACCUGAAAUAGCCCUUUUUGAAAGGCACUUUCUUCUUAGUACCAUUCAUGACCUAUUAAGAGAAUGAGAGUAAUAGUAAGGCAAAGCUAACCAUCUCUCUAUUCAGAAAAUGGCAAGAUAUUUAUAAUAAUGAUCGUAAUUUUCAAAUAUACUAGCAAGUCACUUCUGUUACAUUAAACUCUCUCAGAAAUGAUGUGACACCUAUCAUUUCUUAAACGGAUGUGAACACCUAUAAUUUCUUAAACAGAUGUAAACAUGUAUAAUUACUUUUUUAAAAAUACAAACUUUCUGUUUUGGCCUUUGUACCUGACCUUUAGUCAUUGGAAGAGCUCUUAGAUGAACUUCCAGCUCAAGAAAUCUUAAAUCCAUAUUUUGAGGAAUGCAACAUUAAAAUGUUUUUUUUUUAA